ACUUCCUGGUUUGAGAAAAUAAAUACCUGAUCAUGGGUCACUGUGACUUAAGGGUGGAUGUGUACACAGUGCUAGCUUACUGGUGAGAUAAGCGACACGGGUAUUACUGGAAACUCCCAGCUCUAUGUCAUUGCUACAUCUAGAUACACGAGUUUACCUUGUUCCACGGAGAUAGAGACAUGUGAGGUGAAGCAUUCACAUUGAGACUGUGUAUAUCACACAGGUUUAUUUCACAUGUGAAGACUGAAGUAUGAGAAGAGUAAUCCCGGUGUAACCGACCUGUACAUGAUCAUCUCCGUGUAGGGUUAUAGAUGGAUGUACAAUAGGCAUGUAUUGUGUUGUGAUAUUUACAGACUUCUUGCUUUAUAUACAGGAUCAUGUUUCGGAUUUCACCACUCCUGCUGCUCACCCUCGUCAGCUUCACAGAUCACGUAGGUUCUGUAGUCCUGACACGCUCCCCCUUGACAGCGUCAGACGGAGAACUCUUCACACUGAUCUGCAGCAGCAACACUAGCAGUGGACGAGAUAGACAGUGGUAUAGAAAUGAUCUAUUUGUCUUCAUCACAACACAAGGUUCCUCUUGUCCCAGUAUAUCCAAAGAUUAUGUCUUCCAACCGUACCUGGCAGGACGAGUCAAUGUGAGCUGUGAUGUACUCCAACACAAUGUGACUCUCAGGAUAAAAUCUGACAGAGACAAUGGAACGAGGUGGAAGUGUCUGGAUAAUACGAAAAGUCAGACGAGUCACACGGUGACGAUACAUGUAACCGAACUUCAAUCGAAACCUGCUGCAACAUUAAUUCUUUCGACUCCAGUCAUAACUACGACAACCGAAGAUAAAUCUCUGCCCAAGUCAACAGACGUAGUAAACCUUAUGACAGCGUCAUCAACAGCUACGAAAGCAGCAACUAGAGCAACUACAGGUACUUUAGCUACUACAAUAACUACAGCUACUACAGGUACUUCAGCUACUACAGCAAAGUUUGAUAUCUCCUCAAGCACGUCUCUUCAAGAAGGGGAUGCCCCAAACGUCGCCUACAUUGCGGUAGGAGCAGCGGUGGGUGGCGUUGUUGUUGGUUGCGUCAUCACCGCCAUCGUCUUCAUUAUGUGGAUGAGAAGGAGGAACACCAGUACAGGAGACGAUGCGAGCGCCCCAAAUAUAUACACGUCUCCGGCCCACUACGAGGACAUGGAGCACCAGUAUGAUAAAGUAGACAGGCAGUACGUCAAUACUGUGGAGGUUAGUGGGGCUGGUUCUCCAGAUUCCGUGAACACAGAGGACCAAGAGGGUAACGCAGCCUACUACAACACAACUGGUCAACAUCAGCAUCCUGAUGAACAUGCAAAUGCUAGAAAUACAACUUACUACAACGAUUCACGUGAUGCUGAUAACUAGAUUCAAUGGGCUAGCACUAUAAACUCGUCAUUAGUCUGGACUAGUAGAAGCAGACCCAUGUUCCCCUCACCUCACCCAUUGUAAUUUCAUUGAUUUCACAACUAGCCCCUUUAUGAAUUUUGGUACUUAGAAUAUGUCUCUUGCAAUCAACAUUCUUGUCUAACGAGGCGAUAUAAUGAAUCGGGUAGUCAGGCUCGGUGACAGGGUUUAUAGCAUGUUCUCGUACUCAGAUAGUGUUGAUCAUUGCUCGCAAUAUCAUUAACUGAUUUGCUGGCCGCUCUCAUGUAGCUUGAGUUAUGCUGAUGGUGGCGUUAAACACCACACACAAGAAACAAAAAUAUCCAUAAGCACAACACAGGGUAACACAAGAAUACAAGAUACGACACAUUCGAGAAUACAAUAUUCAACAGUAAAUGUGCCUUUUACGAACAGCGCUUUCUUGAAACAGCGUGGUUGUUUUGGGUCUAUGAUUCUGCAAUUGGUUGUGUUGGUGUAUGCUAGCUAUGCCUUUGUCAACAUGGUAAUUCAGGCAUAAUUUGAAAGUGUUUUAGAAGUUAAAUAGUUUCUCUAUUGAAAGACGGAACUUGAGAUGAUGUAACACUCGUUAAGACAACCAUUGAAGAAACAAAAAUGCAGUAUAAAAAUAAAGAUAAUAUGAUGGAAACAGAAUUUAAUAUUGACAAUCAAUCUUUAAGAGUGAAGACAACGCAAUUUUCAUCCUACAAAAAGCAAAAAAGCAAUAUAUACGGGAAAGAAAACUAAAAAAAAAUCUCCUGACAAAACAAUUAGAUGAAUCCCCGGAGCAAACAUUGAAAGAGGACAUGCUGGCAGAUUCGAGCCACACUGCCAUGGGAUCCGUGCCAAUUUCAACUUGUCACACAAAGGGGCACACACAGUACAGGAUCUAGACCACCAGUUGUCAGACUUUCAUUAUGUGGACAUCUCAGUGGCUGAGUGGGUGUGCUUGCGAUUAGGUGCCUCACCCUGGCGGGGCUGGUUCGAAUCUCUGAUGCUACUAAACCCCAAAAGUACUAGAACCUGUACACUACAAAGAAAGUGCUAUCUCAAAUAUGACAUUUGUUACAUUUGACCACUUUCAAAAUGGCAGUGGUCAUAGCUUUCGGCCAUGGGAUCCGUGCCGAUUUACA